AUGAUGCUUUUUAAGCAACAUAGACCAGAAGAAGCAGAUGAAGAAUCUUUUGCUAGUAUUAUUUCUAUUUCAAAUAACAGCCCUGAUGAGUUGCUAAAGAUAAACCAAAGCUGUGUAGAGGUUUCUUUUUAUUCGGUCAUCAAUUUUUAUCAGGAUGAGGAUGAAACAAACCCAGAAACUAUAAAACAAACUCCACCUCCAAUUGGAAAAGCACAUUGUUGCAAAUGCUCAAUAUUUUAG